UUUAAAAGGAUACAAAGGACAUUCAACAGCGCUUUGGCCAAUCGUGUGGCGGCUGGGGGCGCAUGCGCCCCUGGCGCGCCACCUCCUCAGAAUGGCUUACGCGAGAGCGCGCACGCUACAGGCGUCGCCGUCUCAUUGGCUGGCGUCCUCCAGAAGUCGCCUCGCGCGCUGCCGGGCUCGGCCCCGAGCGCUGAGGUGGCUGAAGGCGGCGGCGGCGGGAAGAUGGAGGCGGCCGCGCCGGCCUCGGCGGGGCUUGUGGGGCUGUCGCUGGUCCUCGGCGGCCUCGUCCUCGGGCUGCUCCUUCUCCUUCUGAGGCGGCGGAGGGCGGAGGCGCAGCCCAGCCGGGAAGAAGCGGGACCCGAACCGAGCGACGAUCAGGACGUGAACAGUGAAGCAGGCAGCAAAACUUCAGUCCUGAAGAAGCAGAAGCCGCAGCAGCGGAUCCGCAGAGAGAAGCCCCAGCAGCACACCUUCACCCACCCGCUCCUGGCUUCGGCACUGAAGGGCCACAGCGGAAGCGUCACCUGCCUGGACUUCAGCAGCAACGGGAAGUACCUGGCUUCCUGCUCCGAUGAUCGCACAGUGCGCAUCUGGAGCACCAAGGACUUCCUGGAUCGGGAGCACCGCUGCAUGCGGGCCAACGUAGACCUGGACCAUGCCACCCUGGUUCGCUUCUACCCGGACUCCAGAGCCUUUAUUGCGUGGCUGGCAAACGGAGACACCCUCAGGCUGUUUAAAAUGACAAAGAAAGAUGACGGUAGCUUCACCUAUGUUGCCCUUCCAGAAGACUUCCCGAAGCAGCACAAGGCCCCCAUCAUCAACAUUGGAGUUGCAGACACAGGGAAGUACAUUAUGACCGCCUCCAGCGACACCACCAUCCUUAUCUGGGAUACGAAGGCGGAAGUCCUCGCCAGCAUCAACACCAACCAGAUGAACAACACGUUUGCGGCUGUGUCGCCAUGUGGGAGGUUUGUUGCCUCGUGCGGCUUCACUCCCGACGUGAAGGUGUGGGAGGUGUGUUUCAGCAAAAGCGGAGACUUCCGAGAGGUGACCAGGGCCUUUGAGCUGAAGGGCCACACAGCCGGCGUCUAUUCCUUCUCUUUUUCCAACGACUCCAGGCGGAUGGCAACGGUUUCCAAGGAUGGCACGUGGAAGCUGUGGGACACGGAUGUUGAGUACAAGAAGCAGCAGGACCCUUACCUGCUCCUGACGGGGAGGUGUAAGGUGACGGAGCCCUGCCGUCUCGCUCUCUCCCCGGAUGCCCGGGCCCUGGCCAUCUCCAGCAGCACUAACAUCAUUGUUUACAACACCCAGCGCGGGGAAGAGGAGGAGCGCUUUGAGGGUGUCCAUGGGGAGCACAUCACAGACUUGGCCUUUGAUGUGAGCAGCCGCUUCCUGGCUUCCUGUGGGGACCGGGCCAUCCGCAUCUUCCACAACACGACUGGCUACCGGGCGGUGGUGGAGGAAAUGAAGGCCCUGCUGAAGAAGGCCACCAACGAGUCAACCAGGCAGAGACUGCAGCAGCAGGUCGCAAGUGCCCAAAGCGCUCUGGAUGCCAUCUAUGGCAAGAUCAACUGAGCCCUUCCCAGAGAGCGGGUGGCUUCUGCUGUGCAGACUGGGGGCCAGGAUUUUAAUCAUGUCAGGACGAUGGUUAAUAAAAUAACUUUUGCACAA